AUGUACAACACUCAUCGCGGGAUGGUACCCGCUCCCAACUCCCGCUUGACGGAGUUGCUGGAUCAACUGCGCCAGGAGUUUGAAAACCAGUCGCGGAGCACAGGCGAAUUCGAGCACCAGUUAACCGGACAGCUCCAAGAAAUGGAGAUGAUCCGUUCGAAGGUGUAUCAGCUGGAGCAAACCCAGAUCAAGAUGAAACAAGAUUACGAGGCCGAAAUUCGAAUGUUGCGACACGAGCUUGAGUCGCGCGGCGUGCAAACUAUUCCCUCUCAUAUUGGUCCUGCGCAGCACGCAGGUCCUUCCCAGGCGCCGCCGCCUGCAUUGGGUCACGGCCCUAGCAACUUGUUCGGUGGUAUCAUGACCAACCAAGGAGGUAGUGGUCCCGGUCUUGCCCCUCCCCCUCCCCAGGAUCAGCAGCCUCCCCAGCAUACCCUUCAACAGCCUGCCCCGGCCGCCCAGCCAGGCGCGCCGCAGCCCCCGCAGAGCUCUUUUGGAGGAUAUCAACCUGGCGCUGCUGUGAACGGCUAUGGACCGCCGCCCCCGACCGCAUCCCCCGGGCCCGGUAAGGGCCGGGGUCGUGCUCCCCCAGGCCCAGCCACCCCUCAACAGACGCACAUUGCCUAUCCUGACCCUCGUGCGUCGCCACAAAUCCCUCGCCCCACUCCGCCAAACCAGCCUCUUGUCCGCGCCGAGCGCCCGGGCAACAUGCUGGCGAAUUGGAACCCGGACGACAUGCCCGCCUCGCAGAAGCGGGAGGGCCCCGAUUGGUAUGCAGUGUUCAACCCUGAAGUGCAGCGCGUGCUGGAUGUGGAGCUGGUGCAUCACCUCAACCAUGACAGCGUUGUUUGCUGUGUUCGUUUCAGCCGCGACGGCAAGUACCUGGCGACGGGCUGCAACCGCUCGGCGCAGAUCUUCGACGUGACCACCGGUCACGCCGUAGCCUCGCUGCAGGAUGAGACCGUCGACAAAGACGGCGACCUCUACAUUCGCAGUGUCUGCUUUAGCCCAGACGGCAAGUAUCUCGCGACUGGCGCCGAGGACAAACAGAUUCGGGUUUGGGACAUCGCCGCGCGCACCAUCAAGCAUAUCUUCACCGGACACGAGCAAGAUAUCUACUCUCUGGAUUUCGCCGGCAACGGCCGCUACAUUGCCUCGGGCAGCGGCGACAAGACCGUGCGUCUGUGGGACAUUCUCGAUGGCAAGCUUGUUUACACGCUCAGCAUCGAAGAUGGGGUGACCACCGUGGCUAUGUCUCCGGAUGGCCACUACGUGGCGGCCGGUUCGCUGGACAAGAGUGUGCGCGUAUGGGACACCACUACUGGAUAUCUGGUGGAGCGGUUGGAGAACCCCGACGGCCACAAGGACAGCGUGUACUCGGUCGCAUUUGCACCCAACGGUCGCGACCUGGUCAGCGGCAGUCUGGACAAGACCAUCAAGCUAUGGGAGCUGACUGUCCCCCGUGGCAUGCACCCCCACAGCGGCGUUAAGGGCGGCAAGUGCGUUCGCACAUUCGAGGGCCACAAGGACUUUGUGCUCAGUGUUUGCUUGACGCCCGACGGUCAGUGGGUAAUGAGUGGCUCCAAGGACCGCGGGGUCCAGUUCUGGGAUCCGAUCACUGGCAAUGCCCAGAUGAUGCUGCAGGGCCACAAGAACUCCGUCAUUUCGGUUGCGCCCAGCCCCAGUGGCGGAUUGUUCGCGACGGGCAGUGGAGACAUGCGUGCACGAAUUUGGAGAUACUCGCAGCACAAUCCAGUUACACGGUAA